AUCCAUCCAUCUGCCAUCUGCCAUCUGCCACCCAUCCACACGCAGUCGACCUGGGAGAAUCCAAACCCAUGCGAGUCCAUAUCAUGCCGAUAAGACGGGGGGUUUACUCCUCAACCACCUAUCGCCCAAGCAUUAACGAGCUAUCUUCAAGUCCGAGUCUAGCCCGAGGACCCCGGAUUACGGACAGAGCAUGGACUGGGCUCUAACUACGAUUGAUAGCGACUGGAAUUCCCCAGAUGGAACAUGCCUACCGAUAGUAGCCUCAUCCAAGUUCGCGAUUCAUUCAUCCCAAGGGACUAAUAGAUCCCAUUGACGCGCCUCUGAUCGUCCCUCACUGCGGAGCCUAAACCCUCCCCUUCCGGAACCCACCUUAUCGCAGCACCGCCAGCCCCUCCUACCUACCUGGGGCCUCACGACGACUCCCUUGUGGUGAUGGACGAUGCUCGAUAUGCCAAACGAGCACGCCAGGCCUGUGAGCCAUGUCGUCGCAAGAAGUCAAAAUGCCCAGGCGAGCGCCCGACAUGCUCAUAUUGUGAGCGACUAGGACAGCAAUGCGUAUACAAUGCGCCUGGCGGAGAAGUGCCAGACUCGCAAGUCACAAAGCACAACAGAGAGAUGGAAACCCGGCUCAACAGUCUGGAGGAUAAAAUGGACCGCUUGAUUCAACAUUUGAGCCCCGUGUCACAUCAUACCCAACCAUCAGUAGCGUCUCGCCACGUGCUCUCACCAAGGCUGAGCGUAUCUGCAGAGGAGAUAGGCCCGAAAACAGACUCAGGUCCCCCAGCAUGGAGUCCUAGGAGCCCAUCAAGUGCUGCUGAGGCGCAGUUAAUGGACACAGGGCGUCGCUAUCUCUUAUGGUUCCACGCCCAGCCCAUCACGCUCUUCGCCGAGGAGACCUUUCUGCAGUCUCUUGCCUCGCGAGAUCCAGAGUUGAUACUAUCGCUCCAAGCUCUAGUGCUGCGAUGUCCGCCGGGGACUCUCACAACCCAGAUCAAACAGCAGGUUGACGACCUCGCGAGGUCUGCCCGCCGCAUGGUCAUGGAGCGGGUCACGGAAGGUCGGGUCGAGCUGUCCACGUUGCAGUCGCUAUGUCUCCUGAGCAUGUUUGAUUUCGCUACUGGUAACAUCACACAAUCCGGACUCAGCAUCACCACCGCGAGCCAUCUCGCACACAGCAUCCCACCAACCAACAACCCCAACAACGCCCAAGAAAGGAACUACUGCCUCCGAACAAUAAUCGUCCUCCAGCAUCUCCAGGGCUGCAUAAUGCCCGCCCCGCGACUCAUAAGCUCCCUCCCCGGCUCCACCAACAGCGGUUCCCACGUCCUCGGACUCACAGCAUACUGUGGGAUCCCAGAGUACCACCUAGACGACAACCCAGAUAAGAACAUCUCUACAGUCGCCUCCGAUUUCUGCGUUGUCUGGCGGAUGGCCCGCGCCUACGCCGCAUCCAGAGUCAGCCCCGACGCGCCGCCGCCGUGGGACUCUCGCUCCGACUACUCCAUGGUCCUGCAAAGCCACCACGACAUCGACUGCCGCGCGCCGCAGAGGUUCCGCUUCGCCGCGAACCGCAUCGACCAGCAGAGCCCCGAGUCUCUACAGGCGCAGCGGCAGUACUGGAUUCCCUUCCUCUUCAGCCAGUUCGUCCACGAGACGAUCCCGUGUCUCCUGAACCAUCCGUUCCUGCUUUCCAUGCGCCUGCGGCAUUUCCGACACACCAUACCCGUCCACUUUAUCCAGCAGUCCUUUGAGAGUAUGAAUCGGACAGCUGGUUGGAUCAUCUUCUUUUUGGACGUCAUUGAGAAGAAGUCGCUGCCGGUCAUGGACCCGGUCAUGGCGCACUGCGUCGUGAUUGUGGCGACGAUCCAUCUUCAGCACAGCUUUGUUCACGACCAGAUACUUAGAAGCAGAGCAAAAUCCGGCUUCGAAAAGUGUAUGAACUUUUUACGAAGAACAGGAGCCGUCUGGCCAAGCGUCGCCAACAUGGCAAGUAACCUCCGACGCCUCCAAGACAGCGUCGUAAUGAAAUCCCCUCCGGACCGCGGCGACAACACGUCACAAAACCGCUCCUUCUCCAUAAACACCCAACUCCUCUGGGACCUCCUCAUCUACGACCGCGCAUGCCGCCCCGACGCCGGCUGGGACCAGUCCAUGUUCGGCGCCACCCUCCGCUCCGACGCCCGCGAGCUCUCCACCGAAACGGGCGCCGCCGAGUUCGACCUCGUCGGAUCCGCCGGCAUCUCGGGUCACAAGGCCGUGCCCAACGACGUGGGUGUCUAUGCUCCUAAUGAUGAUAUUGCGCCUGUGGCGAUUACGGAGCAACCACCGCCACCGCCACCGCCGCAUCAUUUGGUUGGGCAGGGACUGGGGGAUAUGGGGCCUUCGUUUGAGGAUAUUUUCUUUGAGGGCGUGGGACCGUUUGGGGACCAGUCGAAUCGGUUUAUUGAGGCGAAUGAUUAUGGGAGAGCGAUUGAUGAUUGGUUGAAUCUUGAGAAUUAGCAUGUUUAUCAUGAUAAAAGGCGUACAGCAAUAACGAGUCCAUUUCUGUCCAUGGCGAGGUCUCGUUGGUGCUUCUCACAUGGCACAAGUCAGCCUGGUUCUUUGAGAGCUCUCGUGUUUAGUCAGAAGACCCUUGACCGCUCGAAUGCUGGAGUCUUGGCCUCUUGCACAGGCACGAGGCUCGAACAUUGUCACCGAAGGCCAAGAGACGAAAUGCCUCUCCAGCAUGAAGCCAUCACCAGGGAUCGAAAAGGAUUGGUUCAAUCAACACAUUCGAAAAGUCGCUAAUCAAUUUGUACCCGUGAGAACCCUUAACCAAGGCUUCAACCACCAAAGUCAUACUUAACAAACGAAACGCCAGUCUACAGUUUGACCUCUAACUCUUCCUCAUCAUUACUCUCAUGCUGAUUACUGCGACCUACCAAGCCAACCCC